AUGAACUCUGGAUUCCGGCUAAUGGACCUUCCGAAGGAGCUGUUUGACAAUGUCAUUGCGCAUUACGUACACAGUGUUCCCGUUCAUGAUGCCUCGGCUACUCGUGCAGUCUCCAGGACAUUUGACCAAGCUAUAAGCUACCAGAUGAUUCAUCAUUUGCCCAAGGAGAGUUUUAAGCGUGACGGUCCCAUUCAAGCUAAUUGGCAUUUAAAAGAUAUAUUUACCAACAUAUCCGCCAAAUACCUCGAAAGUCCAGUUCGCAAGAGGAAGAAUGAACCCUUCGUCGCUUUUAUCCACAAAUGUGCUGAUACUGUCCUCGGGAUCGAGGGUAAGUCCUCUGACGACGAGAGGAAGACUCGAUACCUCCAAGAUAUCAUCCGGUACACGACUCGAGGGGAGCGUCACGCGACGUAUUCACUGGCGAUUCACCCGGAAUCCUCCGAUAAUAUAGAGCGUCCUUCUCAGAGAGUGGUCAAUUUGACAAGCGCCGCUGCAGUAGGCAGCCUUGUAGCGGUCAAGCAUCUACUGAAGAAGUACGUAAAGAGCUGGCCUUCGUCCGAAUAUCUCAAUUGUAACUCCAACCAGGGUGGUCUCUCUGACCCUAUCGGAGCAGCAGCAUCUAACGGACACGUCAAAGUCCUGCAGCAUCUACUGACUAAACUUCGGCCUCUAGUGGACCCAAAAUCUGGACUACCUCGGGGCGCUCCGCACCUUGAGCUGCAGCAGUUGAACCGUCGACUCUACUCCAUCUUCCGUCUAGCCAUCCGCUCAAAACACUGUCUGACGAUCCAAACUCUUGCAGAUUUCGCUCAAAAGUACAAGUUGUCUUUCGGCUUCUACUAUGACAGUUAUAACCCAGAACAGGGUGACGAAUGGAUCAAGCAUGCUGUCAGGACUGGUUACGUCAAGACUUUCCAGGCUACUAUAUCUACGAUAAUGGGCAUCAACCCCAAGGCUUACGAAUCGCUGAAAGAUCACUAUCUAAAGUCAGCCUUUUGGUACUCUUGCAGAUUCGGCCAGGGAGACAUUCUUCAACAUCUCAUUGCCCAAGACCGCGUUUUACUGCAGAAAUAUGGCAGGCAGGGUAUGAAGUUGGCUGCUAGACACCUCUGCCGGAACAUCAUCACCAUCCUCGUCGAAAAUGGCGUCUCAAUCAAUGAUGGCAGGCCCGUUAAGGAAGCAAUCAAGUACGAAAACACCUCUAUAGUUGAGUUCAUGAUUGCCCACGGCGCAAAGGUAGAUGCAAAGGCAGUUGCAAAGGUGGAUGCAAAGGUAGAUGUAAUAACCUACAAUUCCUGUUCGCGUAGUUAA